UUACUUCAUAUACUAGUCUUGUCCAAAACACAAACAGAGAAAGCUAAGAAAAACUCAAAAGGCGGUGGUGAGAGUGUGAUUAAAAAAAAAAAGUUCAACUGCAAAAAUGAGUUCCGGUAUCGGAAGUUUAGUGAAGGUCAUCUUUAAGAACUUCGAUGUCAUCGCUGGACCUGUGAUUAGCUUGGUUUAUCCUCUAUAUGCAUCAGUGAGGGCAAUAGAGUCGAGGAGUCAUGGAGACGACAAACAAUGGUUGACGUAUUGGGCUCUCUAUUCACUUAUCAAACUCUUUGAGCUCACUUUCUACAGAGUCAUUGACUGGAUCCCAUUAUAUCCAUACGCCAAGCUAGCCCUAACUAGUUGGUUGGUCUUACCGGGCAUGAGCGGCGCUGCUUAUCUCUACGAGCACUAUGUGCGUUCAUUCCUUUUAAGCCCACAUACUGUUAACGUAUGGUACGUGCCAGCCAAGAAGGAUGACGAUUUAGGAGCAGCCGCUGGAAAAUUUACUCCAGUAAAUGAUUCCGGUGCGCCUCAGGAAAAGAUUGUGAGCUCGGUGGAUACAUCAGCCAAAUAUGUUGGUCACUCGGCUUUUGAUGACACCUAUAGCUACUAAGACGGAUUCAAAAAAAUGGCGACGAACAUUGGGAUGAUGGAUAGUGCUUACUUUGUUGGAAGGAACGAGAUUCUCAGUUGGAUCAAUGACCGCCUUCAUCUCAAUCUCUCUCGUAUCGAAGAGGCUGCAUCUGGUGCUGUGCAAUGUCAAAUGUUGGACAUGACCUUUCCAGGAGUUGUGCCAAUGCACAAGGUUAACUUUGAAGCAAAGAACGAGUACGAAAUGAUACAAAACUACAAGGUUAUGCAAGAAGUCUUCACCAAAUUGAAAAUUACAAAGCCAUUGGAAGUCAACAGGCUUGUCAAAGGCCGACCACUAGACAAUUUGGAGUUUCUACAAUGGCUGAAACGAUUUUGCGAUUCCAUUAAUGGCGGCAUUAUGAACGAGAAUUAUAAUCCAGUAGAACGAAGAUCAAGAGGUGGCAGAGAGAAAAGCGUAAAGGGAUCUAGUAAGAUCUCAAAGUCAUUGCAAACAAACAAUAUGCAUCAUCCUCCAGUCACUACUUCCAACAAACCAGCUGGUCCCAAGCAAGCAAAAUCACAUGCAAUUGGAGGUGGGAGCAACUCAUCAGCCGAAGUGCAAGCUCUGUCAAAAGAGGUAUCAGAUCUCAAGGUCUCGGUUGAUCUCUUGGAAAAAGAAAGAGAUUUUUACUUCUCUAAGCUCCGGGAUAUAGAGAUACUAUGUCAGACGCCUGAACUUGAUGAUCUUCCGAUAGUGGUAGCGGUUAAGAAGAUAUUAUACGCAACCGAUGCAGAUGAAUCUGUGCUAGAAGAAGCUCAAGAGUGCCUAAACCAGUCUCUAGGGCUUGACGUUGAUGAAGAAGAAGGAAAAGAAGAGGAAGAAGAAGAAGAAGAAGCAGCAGCAGAGACCCAAACUUAAAGUUGUGACAUAUAAAUUUAAAGGACAACG